AUGGCAACGCCCGAGAUCCCCGACGUCUUUGACCUCCGCUCCGAGCUGCUGCCGUUCCUCGGCUUGUCCCUUCAGCUCGUCAUUACGAGCAUGGCACGGCUCGCCAUCAUGGUCAUCGACAGCGCGUUCCUCGGACACCUCGGCACGAACGAGCUCGCAGGCGCUUCCCUCGCAACGCUCUGGAUCGAGCUUCCGCUCUGCACCGUGUGGGGUAUGGCCUCAGCUCAGAUCGCGCUCUGUGGCCAAGCGUACGGCGCGAAAAACUACCUCCUCAUGGGCAUCUGGCUGCAAAUGGCUCUCAUUCUCAUCACCAUCUUAUCGCUGCCGACGACCGUCUGGUACUUCUUCCUCGAGAGCAUUCUGCGCCACACGACCGACGACGCGACGGUCGUUGCCUUUGGUGCGCGGUUCGCCGAGCUCUUGUCGCCCAGCAUUUGGCCGCUCCUCGCCUACGUCUGUUUGCGCCAGUACCUCCAAGCCAUGGGUGUCGUCCUGCCCACGACCAUCAACGGCAUCGUCUGCAUCGGCAUCGACAUCGGUGCCAACUACCUCCUCAUCUACACGGCGGGCCUUGGCUUUGACGGAUCCCCGCUCGCUACCGUCAUCGCUGCGUGGUUCCAGCCAGUUGCGCUCUUCAUCUAUGCGUUUGUCUACAAGAAGCACCACCACGAGGCGUGGGGCGGCUGGAAGCUCUCGGAGCUCACGUGGAGUCGCUGGAAGACGUUUUUCCGGAUGGCGUUGCCCCUUGGGCUCAACGACGGCUGUGACUUGCUCGCAGCCGCAGCGCUCUCGUUUGUCGUUGCCAAGAUGGGCGCGAACGUCAUUGCCACGCAAGCGAUCUUGAGCAGCGUGUGGAUGAUGGUGGGUGCAGUUUUCUACGGCAUCGGGCUAGCGUCCGAGGUCGGACUCGCCGAGCACCUCGGCGGUGGUCGACCGCGGGCGGCCCGUGCCCGUGCUAUGAUGGGCUUUGCUGUCCUCGCACUCGCUGCCGUCCUUGUGUGCAUCGUGCUCUGGGUUGGCCGCGCAAGCGUCGUCGGUCUCUUCACAAAGGACUCGGUGCUGCUGGCGAUGUACACGGACGUUUUACCACUGUACAUUGCAGCGUCGAGCUUGAAUGGACUCGGUAUCGGACUCCUCACGGCGCUGGAAGGCAUGGGUCAAAUGGGCUUUGUGACGUUCGUGACGGUCAUCGGUCUCUGGGGCGUCCAGCUGCCACUGGCCUACUACUUUGGCAUUGUCCAAGACCUCGGGCUUCCGGGCGUUUGGACUGCAACAACGAUCGCCGCAGCUGUCAAGGUGGCCAUCAUGGGCGUGCGAUUUCUCUGCAUUGACUGGCAGAAAAUGGUUCAAGAAGCCGUGUUGGGGGCCGAAGCGGACGGCCCAAAGCUCUCGAGCACGGAAGCCGACGACCCCGCGGUCCUCGAGGCGCGCGACAGCGAGUCGAUCUACAUCAUGACGUCGUCGCCAGUCCACAGCAAGGCGCAGGACGUCGGUCACGUGACUCUUCUUUAG